CAGUCCAGCGGCGGUUCCUCAUCCCGAUCAGCCCGCGCUCACCAAAGUGGUGACAAGGGCUGAGAAGGCGCUCGGAGAACAGGGAGCUAGUCCUGCGGCUCUGGGCGCGCUGCUAAAUGGACUCUUAGGGGCGAGCGGAGGGAGGGGAGAUUGAGUCGGGAGAACUGGCUGUCCCCCGGAGUGGAGACGAGGGGGAAGUUGGGAGGCUGGAAGCUGAACAGGCCUUUGCGGCGGUGGCGGGAGGAGCGCGGUCUGGGGGCGGGUGCGCUAGGCAGCAGGAGAGGGAGGCAGGGCCCGGGUCCUACUUUGGAACGCCUUGACUUAAAGGGGCUUUAUCGUAAGAGCAGCAGAAGGGAAAUUUUGGUUUACAUUUUGAAGGGAUUACUGUGACCCCCAGGUGGAGGCUGGAUGAUAGAAGGGCAGGAAUUGUUACGGAACAAAAGUUCUGUGCCCCAGGCACAGUGAGGCCAAAUAAAUGGAAAGGAGUUUGGAGCAGAGAGUGAUUUAUUGCAGGGCCAAGCAAGAAGGGGUGGCUCAUGCCUGAAAAACCUGAACUUCCUGGUGGCUUUUGUAAAGAAGUUUAGAAGUUUUUAAAGGCAAAAUUUGGGAUGAGGGCUGCAGGGUGUGUGACUUUCUUCUGAUUGGCAGGUGAUGAGGUAAUGUGGCAGCGUUCCGGGAAUCAGGUGUUCAGCCUUCAGUUGCCUUCCUCCACCUGGGUCAGGGUCUUAGUUCCUGCAGAAGAACUCAUGGGCAUUGUUGUGUAUAUCCCUUGAGGAAAAACCAGGACCCUGCCCCAAGGCUGCACUGUUGUUUCUCGAGGGUUUCUGCCCGUACAUUCUCUCCUUUCCCUGAUUAGCAACUGUUUGAAUCUGCCGUUUGGAACACAGGGAAGGUCAGGGAGGCUGAAUGAAGCGUAUUUCCUACAAACAAGGAAAGGGGGGCACAGAAAAUAUUUGUACCAGGGAGGACCCCCAGAGUCCUCUGUUUCCUUUUGAGGCAACCACUUCUAAGAGGUCACAGCUGUAGAUGAGAGGUGGUGGCCUACAGUGGUGGCAGUGGGUAUGGGAGAGAAGUGCACUGGUCAAAAAGAUAUUUAAAAAUUGACAAGACUUUUGGAGUAGAUAUGGGAUUUCAGUCAAAGGUAUCAAAUGAUGAUACUAAGUUCCAGGCCUAAGUGAGUGGAUAAUAGAGACCAAAACCAAACUAUUUUGACGUUUGCUAGGGGUCCUUUUUCCCUUAGUGUAAAACCCACAAACAUUUUUUUCCUCCCUGAUUAUAUGUAUGCAUUUUUUUGUGUGUGCUCUGCUGGGGAGAGCAGCAGGCCGAUAUUGUGAGUGGUAAAAGAAUUUACCAAAGACAAAGGAAAGUUUAAGAAACAUAGGAAAAGUUUAAAAGUAUGUAAGUUUUAAAAGCUGAAGCUCUAAACUGUUCUUAGUACCUAUAUGUGAAUGAACAGUACAUAUAUGUAGAUUUUAAAAUGGUUUUAUCUCAGUGAGUUGCUCUCCUGGAAUAAACAUUGUGGAAGGAAAGAAGGAAGGAAAGAAGGAAAGAAAAGGUUUAAUAGAUACACUGCUACAGGCAGCAGCGGGCCACACAGACUAGAGGUGCCUGUGUGAACACCCAGGGUGGGCUGCUGAGGUCUUUUAUGGGAUGGGGUUGGUGAACAGAGAGGGCUGGGCUGCGGGAUCAGCUCAUGCACAGGUUUUUGACUGGUUAUGGGUGAGGGUCCAUGAAGAGCCAAUAAGGAGGAACCAUGGGCAGAGACAAGUCAGCCUGCGCUAUUAUGAGGCUAGCCAUUUCCCAGGACUAUUGAUUCUGCUACGGGAAACACAUGUCAGAAAAGGGUGCACUUUGGUUUUUUUUUUUCCUGAGGGAUUGCAGGUGGACAUCUGAGAGCCCAAGAGUGGGGGUCUCAGGGCCUUGGCAGACAUCAGUUGGCACCAUAUGCUUACUGUAGAAAAUUUAGAACAUACACACAACAAUAUUUUUUAUAGAGGACAAUAAAAGUUACCUACAAUUUUACUGCCCAAAACGGCCACAUUUUGGUGUGCUUCCUUCAUUUUUUUUGUGUGUGUGUGCAUCUGUUUGUAUAAUUGGGUAUACAUUCUAUCUUUGUAAUUUUUAUGUAUUUUAUGUAAUAUCUAUUUACAUAUCUGUAUAAUUUUUAAUAAAUUAUGUAUACUUUUUUGUGUGAUUGGGUAUGUUAUCUUUUUUCCAUUGGGCAUUAUUGUGACAAUAAAGACUGAAUUGCUGUGAGCCAGGACAUUAUUCACAAAUAUUCUUUUUUUUUCCCCCUGAUUGUAACAGAAAAGGUCCGAUGUAAUUCCAGCAAGUCAAAGAUAAUUUUUUGUUGUAUUUCCUUUCAAUAUUUUUUCUUUUUGUGUACCUUUUUAAAAAUCCACAAUUUAUGCCACAUUUUGUGUUUUGUUUUCCAAUCAAAUGUUCUACCUUAAUAAUGUUAUUAAUUGCUAUUUUUACACAUCGUUAACUGCUCCUCAAGACUCCAGUUUUUAGUGGUUGUUCAGUAAUAACCAAACCUACUAGUUAGGUGAGUUGUUUUCAGCUUUUUACUGUUAGGAUGACGAGGACAUCUUAUUACAUAAAUCUCCAGGUUGCCGAUUUAUUCCUUGAGAAAAAUGCUAGAAAUGGAAACUGCUAGGUAAAAAGAUUAAAAUGAACCUAUCAAAUUGUCUUACCCAAGUCUCUCAUUAAGGCUUUGAUUGAAAUUGUUUUUAAGAUCAAAUUUUUGCAGUGCUUCAUUUUUCCAUUUGAGGAUGUGAUUAUGUCUUUCUGGUUAUUUAAGUUGUCUUUUAUGCUUCUUUUGUGUCUUUGUAUACACCCUGUCCUUUUCUUGUUAAAUUUAUGUUUGUAAAGGGCCAGUAUUAUUGUUUAAGAAUUGUACCCUCUCUGCUUAAAUUCCCAUGUGUGAAAUGAAUAGCUUUGAGUCAAGUUGUACUUUAUUCUAUUAAGAUUGUUUUUUCCCUUUAUAUUUGUGUCUGGGUGCUGCUAGUGUCUAAACAGAAUGGUGAGAUCAGGAAGCUGGAAAGGCUAAGUUGGAGUGAGGUUUCAUCACUGCCUUGCAUCCUGCUUACCUAGGAAAUGCAGCUAACACAUCAGCUGGACCUAUUUCCUGAACACAGAGUGACCCUUCUGUUAUUUAAAGAUGUAAAAAAUGCUGGAGACUUGAGAAAAAAGGCCAUGGAAGGUGCCAUUGAUGGCUCAUUAAUAAACCCUACAGUGAUUGUGGAUCCAUUUCAGAUACUUGUGGCAGCAAACAAAGCAGUUCACCUCUACAAACUGGGAAAAAUGAAGACAAGAACUCUGUCUACUGAAAUUAUUUUCAAUCUUUCCCCAACUAACAAUAUUUCAGAGGCUCUGAAGACAUUUGGUAUCUCGGCAAAUGACACUUCAAUUCUAAUUACUUACAUUGAAGAGGGAGAAAAACAAAUAAAUCAAGAAGACCUAGUGUCUCAGGUGGAAGGUCAUCAAGUUUCUCUGGAAAAUCUCCCUGAAAUAACAAAUAUUACAGAAGUGAAAAAGAUAUAUAAACUAUCUUCACAAGAAGAAAGUAUUGGGACAUUACUGGAUGGUAUCAUUUGUAGAAUGUCAACAAAAGACGUUUUAUGAAAUGAAAAAUAUUAAUAGUUUUCAGCAUUUAUUAAAAACAUUGGUUAUUUUUUCCAGAUUAUUACAUUUA